UGUGACUUCUGAAUGCUCACAGCCGGAUCCACACUGCGCACGCACUAGGCACCAAAGCACCAUGAGCAGGGAUCAGGGGCAGACUGACAACUCAUGGGGCCCCCGGGCAAUAGGGGAUCAUGGGGCCCCUGUGUCCUUGCCCACACUCAAAAAAGCCUAUGAAAAAGGUACCAUGGGCAUCUCAUGGGGCCCCCUACUGACCCCGGGCCCUCGGGCAGUGCCCGAGUUUCCAAAUGGUCAGUCCGCCCCUGCAUAGGAUAUA